AUGUUGGUGCACACAUACGCUGCAAUGGAUCGGCACGAUGGGAUGAACGGUAGCCACAGUGCCCGCCUCGCCCAGCUCGGCUCCAUGAGCCAGGCGCCAUACUCCACGGCCCCGCCGCUCUCGCACACCCCAUCCUCGGACUUCCAGCCGCCUUAUUUCCCGCCGCCCUACCAGCCUCUGCCCUAUCCCCAGAGCCAGGAGCCGUACGCUCACGUCAACGACCCUUACUCGCUGGCCAGCCCCCUGCACCAACCCCAGCAACACCCGUGGCAACAGAGGCAGCGUCAGGAGGUGGCGGCUGAGCAGGGCAUCCUGCAUCAACCCAGAGGUCUCUCCCAGUUGUCAAGCCUCGACCACCGCCGGGAUUACCAUGGGAUCCGGCGGCCUGACGUGCUGCUCCACUCCGGCCACGGCCUCGACACCAACCAUGGACUGGUGGACACACUCGCUCUUCAUGCCCUCAAUCAUCACGGAUUGGACGAUGUACAGGCCGUGGAUGAUAACGGCAGCUCUGGGAUGAAUAUAUUGGACCAGUCGGUAAUUAAAAAAGUUCCAAUGCCGAUUAAAGCAAAUGGUGGUUCACUUUCUUCAAGCAUGCAAAAGGAUGGCUUGAUUGGAGGAGUGACAAACCCAAAUGAAGUGUUCUGCUCCGUCCCAGGCCGUCUGUCACUGCUCAGUUCUACGUCCAAGUACAAAGUGACUGUGGGAGAGGUUCAGAGGCGCCUGUCACCACCAGAGUGUUUGAACGCAUCACUACUCGGAGGCGUGCUGAGGAGAGCAAAGUCAAAAAAUGGAGGAAGAUCUUUGAGAGAAAAAUUGGAAAAGAUUGGAUUGAAUUUGCCUGCAGGAAGGCGCAAAGCAGCCAACGUUACUUUACUCACCUCACUUGUCGAAGGAGAGGCUGUGCACUUGGCCCGGGAUUUUGGGUAUGUUUGUGAGACUGAGUUCCCUGCAAAGGCAGCAGCAGAGUUCCUGACCCGACAACAUUCAGACCCAGCUGAGCUCCAUACUCGAAAAAAUAUGCUGCUUGCCACCAAGCAGAUCUGUAAAGAGUUCACAGAUUUAUUGGCUCAGGACCGGUCUCCUUUGGGAAACAGCCGCCCCUCAGCCAUCCUGGAAGAGGGAGUCCAGAGCUGCCUGACUCACUUCAGCCUGAUUACACAUGGCUUUGGGAGUCCCGCCAUCAUCGCUGCAUUAACUGCCUUCCAGAAUUACCUGGUGGAGGCUCUAAAGGGGCUGGAUAAGAUGUUUCUGAGCUCAUCCAACAGCCAUCCCCCGGGGGAAUCUGGGACUAAAAGCACAGAAAAAGAGGCCAAACAUCGGAAAUAA